GAGAUCACCGGAGGACGCCCAGCUGUACGACGCGCCGUGGCGCCUCUGCGCGCCGUUCCCCGCCAUAGAGGUGAUCCGCUGGCGCUGCAAGCUGCGCGACGAGGCCACGGGCCGUCCCGUGCUGGACGCGGCGGGCAAGGAGGUGUACGAGCAGGAG